AUUGCCCGUAGGUCUGGGUGCGACUGGUUAUCUGUCUUUAUGUUCAGGUGAUUAUUUAUAAAUCAUCAAACCAAAUGUAUCUCAUAACCAAAUGUAUCUCAUAACCAAAUGUAUCUCAUUAACAAGCAUGUUUCCUGUAUAGGAGCAUAGUAUCUUAAUACCGAGUUGUGUGGGUUUCAGUUACAGGUUUUUGCCUCAGAACUGUUUUGCAGCCUUUAGCAUGUGGGUGCAUGGAACCUAUAACCAUAUCCUGUUUAUAAGAGUUUUAUAUCUGAUGGAUGUCACUGGGAAAUCACCCUCAUGUCACCAAGAAAUGUCUAAAGAGUCUUUUUCUUUCUUUCUUUUUUAGCUCUAAUAAUUAUGGGAGAGCCCAACCUUGUGACCUCACAGAUUGUUAUAUCCAUACCUGUAUCACAUAUUACAUGUGAUGAUCUCUAAUUGCAGAAUAACAGAAUUUGUCUGCUUAAUACACACCGGUGUUCUCUUUUGUCCUGUAGACCUCGUAAACAUCACAGCUGAAUCUGGACAGAACGUCACUUUGUCAUGCAGAGCCAACAACAACAACCUCGUCACAUUUCUUGAGUGGAGCAAACAUGGUCUUAGGAAAGGAUAUUUACUUUUGUACCGGGAUGAGCGGUUUGAUCUAGAGAACCAGCAUCCAUCGUUUAAGAACCGAGUGGAGCUACAGGACAGACAGAUGAAGGAUGGAGAUGUGUCGUUGAUACUGAAGGAUGUGACACUUGAUGACCGUGGAAGAUAUGAGUGUCGUGUUGAGACAAAAAUAAAUCGCAGGAAGAGAGCGAAUCAGGAUGACGACCCCGUCAUCAUCAUCAGCCUGAAUGUUGUUCCUCCAGGUCAGACAGGAGGAGACACAGAGGAUGGAGGGAAGGAGGAACGGGGAAGUGAGAAGAUAGGGAGGCAUAGCUCUGUCGGUGUGGCAGUUUCUGCUGUCCUUCUUUUGGGUGGUAUUGUUGUGUUUUUGAUCUACAGAAAACAUAAAACAACACAUAAUCUGGACUCAUACCAGCGUCCUGCUGAACUACAAACUGUUUAAAAUGUGUCACAUGUUUCUACAGCUGAACUGUCAGUGCCUCUGCUGCUGUUUCCUCAAACCUUAUUUAUUUGUUUUUUAUACUGUUUUGCAUAUUAGAAGGUUUCAGCUGUAUUUAUGGUUCUAUCUCUGUUCUGCCGCUACAGGAAGCUGAGAAAGGCAUAAUGUGGUAACUUUAUCUCUGACUGACUGAUGUGAAAGUCCCUAGCAUUACAUUUUCCUUCCAGUGUUGCGAGUCAAACUUCCAAGAUUAAAUUUGAAUAAGAUUAUCAAUAUGUGUUUUUUAAGCUUUAAACAGUUUCCAAAGCUCAUGAUUGAACUAUGGAUGUUACUUCUGUUGAGUUUGUGUGGUUUGAUAUUUACGUUAUGAGCUUAACUGACAUUGGAGAUACUGAAAGCUUUUAAACAGGAAAGAUUAAAUUGCAUUAACAGGGAGAGAAAACAUGAGUGUUUCUUUAUUUUAGCCUUUGUAAUGAUUGUUGAAUAAAUCUGCCUGUAAAUGUUAAUAUGAACUGCACUGUAAGAACUCAUGGGAUGAAGUAGAGAGGAAGAGCUUGCUGUGCGAAGUAGUUACAGCAUGGUUUAACUACAUUUAUAACAUCCACCGUCACAUUAAUGAGCAGCCCAGUGUCAGAGCAGUCAGAUUUAAUGAUAUACAUUAAUACAUAUAAAUACAUACCAUACAUACAUUUUUCCUUCACCCUGUGAUUUAUUUUCUUUAAAAGAAAGGCAAAAUGACUAACAAAAGAAAGCAAAGAUGAGCUUUUUGAUAACUAUCUUAGUCUGUUGUCUAUUAUCUCAUGCCUCGAGCUUCUUAAUGUCAGUCACUUCUCAUUUGUCUUUCAGUUUAAAACAAUGAAGUGUAUUCAUGCCACAGAGGUCUUUAUAUAACAUACUGUCCAUAUAAGAAGGGAAACCUGCUGCUGUUAGAGGAACUGAAGUCUUAAAACACAAUGACUAUGAGUCCACAGACCAUCCUGAGAACACAGGAGGUGAAGGACUAGUUAAAAACAGGCCACGUACCUCAAACUGAUUUGAAUUUCAAAUGUAGGCGCAGAGUUCCUGCUCGUCAUCUGUGUACACUCUCCUCUGUGUUUGCUCUGUUUUAUUUACUCUGUGCUUCAGGAUUCAGUAUCGAGAUAAACACAGAGCAACAAGAACCAAACAAGCCGAACUGAAACUGUUUGGGAUUCUGGAUAAUUCGUUAUUAUAUUACAAGUCCAAGUUAUAAGUAACUUGAAUUUUAAAAAGAGAGAGAGAGUUUUGUUUAAAGAAGGAUCGUAGCCAAAAUAAAGACCCCCAAACAGAUUUGAAUAAAUGGAAAAUAAUCCAUACAAAAAAGUGUACAGAGAGAGAGAGAGAGAGAGAGAGAGAGAGAGAGAGAGAGAGAGAGAGAGAGAAGAGAGCAAAGCAAACAGAAACAUGCAGGUGAAACCCCCGAGCUGACAAACAGCACUAUGCAGCAACUCAUCAAGGAAAACUGAGGCCUUAAAUACACAUGUAACCAGGGAGAUGGAAACCACCAAGGACACACCUGAACAAAAUCAGG